CGCCGUCGACCAGACACCACACUCGCACCACCACAGUCGGUAGUCGCACACACUUACUAACACAAAUCGUAAGCACACCCGCACCAUGGCUCGUUUCACGUGUUUGCUCCUGUCCGCCGCCGCAUUGAUCGUCGUAGCUUACGGCUCACCGCUGACCAACGACAGACAACUACAGGACGGAGGAGACGAGCCGGGACUCACGGAUCAACUUCAGGAGCUCAUCGAGAAGCGCGACGUGUCAGUGGAACUCGGAGGAGCUACCAUCACCGUGUCACCCAGGAACUUAGAGGAAAACGAACUGGGCCUGACCCUAAGACUUCCCAGCUCCGCCGAACCCAGAAGCAAACGACACAAGCUUAAGAAAAUCCUUAUGCCCAUCAUGGUGUUCGUCAUGCUCAAGGCACUCACACUCAUCCCACUCGCCAUCGGUGUGUUGGGUUUGAAGGCGUGGAACGCUCUGCAACUGUCGUUCUUCUCGUUCGUCAUCUCCAUCGGAUUAGCCAUCUUCCAAUUGGUAAAGAAGGCUUCUGAAUCUCCACCAUCGUUGACCACCCACGACGCCGGAAUCUACGGAGCUCCACCAGCGCACUACGCCAGGAGCAUCGAUGAACACGCCCACCAGUUGGCCUACGGUUCCAACCAAGUCAGAUAGACAUGUUUCAUUUAUGCUGACACGACUUGCGUCGCGACUCGUGUGCGAGUGUGUUUGUACGUGCGUGCGGCUCAUGUCAUCGCAUCUCUGCUGCUGCGUCUUCUGCACGUCAAUUAUACUGCAACAGAAUAAUAUUUAUUUAUUUCGACUAUUUAUUUUUAUUAUUAUUAUUAUUACUAUUUUUACUUCUAUUUUACGAAAAGCGAAUGAUUGUAAAUACAUUAUACUUGAUGUUCUUAUUGUUUGUAAAUCUGGUUACUGCAGACCCUAUUAUUGCUUCCGAUUGAAAAAUAUUAUAGUAUAUUUUAUUAAUCAAACAA